UUCCAGCUCGCUCUCUCUCUCUCACACACACACCAUCCUGCUGCUCCCACCAUUUUCUAAUAACUGCGAGAGUGAGCAAACUCAAUCUACUAAACCCAAGUGGACAACUAUUCGCCCGCUUCGGUGACAUUGACUUCGGUAACAACGCCAUCGCGGGACUCGAACGGCGACGUCACAACCUCCUGGCAAGUUCCAGCCAUGUUUUCCAAGGCCACUGCCAACUUUGUCCGUCAGGUUGACCCGGAGGGAAGCCUCAUCCACGUGUCCCGCAUGAAUGACUCUUCCAAGCUGCUUCCGAUGGCUCUGGUGGUCAAACGCAAGCGUGUCUGGUUCUGGCAGAGGCCCAAAUACCGACCAACAGAUUUCAAGCUCAAUGAUUUGUUGCUGGGCGAGAAGGGGCUUACGCCUGUUGUGUCCAAGAAAGAAUUCGUGACCUACAUGGGCAUUUUUGGAAACAAACUCGCUGGCAAGCUGGACACGGAAGCUGCUUCUGUCGGCAUAAAAGUCGAGGCUCUGGGCUCAUCUAAACUCCAAUCGGAUUUCGGCAAGCUGAAGAAAGAGGAAGUGGAUAUGAACAAGUUGUUACAGGACUCCAACAAGAGGCUGGUUGACAUGGAGCACGUGUUGGUGCAGCAGCUCGAGAAGCGAUCCGACAUCCUGGCCGUUGUCAAAGAGAGGAUCCUCACCACCGCCGCCUGCACUGUCACGGAGACCAAAAAGGAGCAGUGUGCCUUGCACGCCAUGGUGGGACUGUUGGGCAAGCUGGGGGCCAACAUUAAGGUCUGCAUCAAGGAGAGCAACAACAUAGAGGCGGACAUGGACGUUUGUUUGGAAAUCCCGUCUGAUGUCGUCAUUGCAUAUAGCGUCCUGGAACUUAACAUUGAAAAAGACGGACACUUCAAGAUAUGCGUCCAGCCUGGACAAAUCGGAGGCUUUGAGGCCGACAAGGUGAGGUCGUGGUCCUCUCAAGAUGACAUGGACGUCGUGGACGGGAGGUGCUUUGAUGAGAAUAUUCUCGAAGAAUCACCGCAACAAAAUGGAUCUCACGUGGAAGACCUCUCCCCACUAGCCGCGCUUCCCCAAUCAACUCGGUGGGCCUUGUAUUGCAAACUGCAAGAUAUCCUGAGGGACAGAGUGACUCUGUCGCAUCUGCAGUGUGCGCUCGAGGAAUUGUGCGUUGGCAAAACACCUGACACCACGACUCGGCAGGAGAAGCUCUCAGACUCUGUCGAGGACGCUUCUCCUUCCCUGCAUGCUGCUCAUCUCUUGGUCGCUGCCUUGGAAGAGCUCCCUGAUAAAACUUUGAGCCUCAUGUGUGACAGUCAGCCCGAGUUCAUAAAGGCCUUCAGCAUCCUGUUGAACCUGAUGAAGGAGAGUGGCCCUUGCCUCCCCCUCGAGUGUCUUCCUACUCCGAUGCGGGAAGAGCAAGCUUUCCAGCAAGCAAAGAAGCUUCUCGGCUCCAUUGGCGUGACCAUCAGCAUCGACAGUGACCAGCUGUGGUGGGAGAAGGGAGUAAAAAGUCAAAUCCAAUUCUUGGUCCUCCGCCUCAGCGCGUAUGGACUGUCCCUGUUGUGCAGUAGACAAAAACAGGAAUUCUUUUCCUGUGUGGUCUAGGUUCUCGCUCGAUUGUAAAAGGUACCUGUACUCAGUAUUUGUGUUCUUGCAUUUACAGACUAUAACAGUGUUUCCCAACCGUUAUUGAGUAUUAAUCCAAGACACAUAUUUUACAUCAGGAGUAAUAUAUAUAUACAUAUACAUACAUAUAUAUAUAAGUUUAUAUUUAUAUUUAACUCAGAAGGUAUUGAUCAAUAUCUUGACAUUAUGUUGCAUGAAUGGCAGCUGGUGAAUACACAGGUUAACGGUCCUUUGCGCCAUCUUGUGGUAGAGCAUUUGAUUUACCUGUCUG